AUGUCCUCCGUGGAGCCCAGAACGAUAAAAGAAGCACUACUUGAACCGGACUGGAUAGCCGCAAUGCAAGAAGAGCUUGAAGAAUUUCAAAGAAAUAAAGUAUGGCAGCUCACUCCGAAGCCACAUGGUCACUCCAUUGUUGGCACUAGAUGGGUGUUCAAAAACAAGUUGGAUGAAUCUGGUGCGGUAAUCAGAAACAAGGCAAGGCUUGUUGCCAAGGGCUAUAUUCAAUUGGAAGGCAUUGAAUACGAUGAAACGUAUGCUCCGGUAACACGCAUGGAAGCCAUCCAGAUCUUUCUUGCAUACGCAGCCCACAAAAACGUCAAGAUGACAUCAUCUUUGGUUCGACUAAUCAAGGCAUGGUAG